AUGUGGUCGAAGCAGUCAAGAAAAAGCCCUCAUGAAACACUUCUGCAGCCAGCACGAAAGAAAAUAAACUAUGCUUACUCUGGUUCUCCUGACUCUCCCCAUAUACGUCGAUCUAUUUCACGUCUUUCCAAUUCAGAUGACAUCAAACGCAACCUCCGUAACAUAACAGAUGAUGACUAUGACCAGGGUUACUCUGCACCAGUGAGUCAAGUGAACUUCUCCCGUGUCACCUCCCCUGUUGCUGUUACAACCAUCACCUCUUCAUCCCCAUGUAAUAGCAUAGAUUCUGGCUUUCAGUCUCCUACAGGACUCCAGUCUCCACCCAGUGGAGCAUUGUCUUUCAGUCUAGCAUCCCAGCUAAAUUCUCAGUCAAGUCCCGUGUUGCUCAAUGUGACAGAAAAAAGCCAUUCUUUGGAAGAAAAAGACUGUGAGUUAUUGGUCACUCCAAAUGCAGCUGCUAGAGUUGAGUCAGAAUUCACAACUCCGUCCUCUGCACAAACACCAAAGAGUGACCCACAAUUCAAUAAGCGUCCUUCUCAUUCCUAUGAGAAACUGAUCAAGGCAGCUUUGAAUAGUCGUCAGGAUAAAAGAAUGACACUUAAAGAGAUUCGGCAAUGGGUGGAGAAUACAUAUCCUUUUUAUAAGAACUCCCCAAAUCCUGGCUGGAAGGAUUCUAUUCGGCAUAAUCUUUCUGUAAGUAAAUUGUUUGUGAAGGAAUCUCCCAAAUAUGGUUCAUAUUGGAAGCUGACAUCCAGUCUCAAAGAGCCAGCAAUGUCACCACAGGUGCCUUCAGGACCUCUUCCCAUUCUUCCUCGACCGAGUGUGGAUCCACAGACCUAUGUCUUAGUCCCCCUACAGUACUUCUGCAACCCUUCACAGAAUAACAUUCCUCUCAUUCCGCAGUUAUCAUCAACUCAAAAUACAUCAGGUGAAUAA